AUGAAAGUAUGGAUAAAAAUGUACCCGGAUUGUCCAGAACCAAAUGCAAAUGUGGUGUUCUCCGCUGCGAUGAGGAUUGAUGAAGGAAGAUUUGGCGUAGUACAACAACCUGAAAACAAUCCAGCUCCGACUCUUGUUCGAAAAUGUUUCGGACUGAAUCACAAAAACCAGAAAAUCUUCAAAACGAUUCCAUGUCGCAGCAGCAAUAAUGUGAUUGAAGACAAAACGUGUAACAAUACGAUUAUGGUCCAACUGACCGUGGUGGAGCACUUUUUCAAUUUAUUCGUCCAUGCGAUUCCACGAGGAACACGCCCAUUCACAAUUAACUUUAUUCAAAGUUUCAUCACUCCGGAUCAUGCGGAUAAUUGUGAAUUUUGCCACCAAUUCAUGGCGAUCUACAAAGCACCCCCUUUUUCCCCUAUAUUUUUACCAGAGCCACAUCAUAACAUGUGA